CAAUAAUACACACUCCAUACCAUUUCUAUUUCCUCGCCGCAUAAUUACAUAGUCGGGUCAGAACUAACGGGUUCCUACAUACAUAUGCACCUACACCACGCCGCCGAAUUUAACUUGUUACGGUAUGUUCUCAAAGCCUUGCUUGCCUCUUUGCUACUAUUUUCUUUUCUUCAUCAUUUAGAUCGCAGUCUUCGCCGAAACGACGAGCAUUCCCUCGACAUCGGAAGAUGUACGCUCACCUACGCUAGGAGCUGCUGUCCCGCGACCUGCCUAGGGCUUAGAUAUGUAUGUGCGCCUUUAUUCCCAGGUAUGCUUGAGAUAUGCCUCGAUGCUUCUAACCCCAAAGUUAUGAAAUCUUGCGAUGCUCCGCGGUUUUCUGGGUCGGGUUGGCGAUGACUCUCUAUAUAUACGCUCGAUAACCCAGAGCCUUCUCGGCCUGUCCGAGGCUCCCCACGCUGUCCGCCGCUAUGCGAUGCCGGUCGUAUCCAUGCCGCGUGU